CGAGGAAAAUUCGCGAAAAAGGCAAUUUAAUUCAUUGUGUGCAUGUGGAUAAUGUCACUUUACGGUAACAUCAUGUAUCCAGAUGAUUCAACAAAUCCAGAAAGUGCAAAAGAAAAAAGAGCAAUUUUAGGAUAUCCAUAUGGUAUACCAACAAGUGGAGCAUGGACAAAUCCAUGGACAUAUGCUGCCCACCCGAGUUUAAUGGAGUUCAAAGGAACUCCCUUGGUUCCUUCAUCUGUAAAGUCUCAAAAACGUCGUUCAGAUAUUGAGCCCACUGUUCCAGCGAAGAAGUUACUGACGGAGGAGAAGAUGGCUGCACAUCUCAAUAAUCUUCACAUAUCCAGCGACUUCACAUCUCACAGCAGCUCCAAUGAUUUCGAGGUUGAAUCCGAAAUGCAACUGGAGAACGAACAACCGUCGCAGUACUUUGUAAACAUGACACAAUGGGAUUUGGAGCAAAAGCUGCGAAAUGCCCAACGCAUCACGGUGUGCGAUGAAGUGAAGAAUCUCGGGAUGACUGAUUCAAUACUCCCAAAAGUUCUCCUGGAUAAAAUGGAAAAUCCCUGUACGGCUCUUGUUCUCUGGCAGCCACCGACGAUUCUUCAGAAACUCAUUGUGCCGCAGAAAGAUCUUCCACCAGAGCAAGCAACAGACGAUGAAGAGGAAGUGGAUAACAAUAACUCAUCAGCAGUCGAUCUCAAUAAUUUUGCAAUGGAGACAGAUAUUUGAGUGUGCGUAAGAAUGUUAGAUUUUAUGGAUUUUAUAUUUUCCUUCUUUAAUAAAGUAUCGUGAUAAGAGUGA